AUGACGCUCAAAUCCAGCAGCGGAGGCGGCAGCGGCAGCGGCAGCAUGAGGACGGCGCUCUCCGACCUCUACCUGGAGCACCUGCUGCAGAACAGGGCCAAGCCCGAGGCCGUCACCCAGGCCCCGAAUGCCAUGACCGAGGACAUUUACACCAACGGCUCGGCCACUCUGGGCAGUCCCUCCCACAGCAACGGCCGCGAGGUGCGGAAGAUACGCCUGGUGCAGUUCGAGAAGGUGACAGAGGAGCCCAUGGGAAUCACGCUGAAGCUGAACGACAAGCAGAGCUGCAUGGUGGCCAGGAUCUUCCACGGGGGCAUGAUUCACAGACAAGGCUCCCUGCACGUGGGUGAUGAGAUCAUAGAAAUCAAUGGGCAGAGCGUGAGCAACCACUCGGUUGACCAGCUGCAGAAGAUGCUGAAAGAAACCCAGGGCAUGGUCUCAAUAAAAGUCAUUCCCAACCAGCAAAGCCGCCUCCCUGCUCUCCAGAUGUUCAUGAGGGCGCAGUUUGACUAUGACCCUAAAAAAGACAGCCUGAUCCCCUGCAAGGAAGCGGGGCUGAAGUUCCAGACCGGUGACGUGAUUCAGAUCAUCAACAAGGAUGACAGCAACUGGUGGCAGGGCCGCGUGGAGGGCUCCGGCACCGAGGCGGCGGGGCUCAUCCCUUCCCCAGAGCUCCAGGAGUGGCGUGUGGCAAGCACCACCCAGUCCAGUCAGAGCGAAGCCCCGAGCUGCAGCCCCUUUGGGAAGAAAAAGAAGUGCAAAGACAAAUACCUGGCCAAGCACAGCUCAAUUUUUGACCAGCUGGAUGUGGUUUCCUACGAGGAGGUGGUGAGGCUGCCUGCCUUCAAGAGGAAGACCCUGGUGCUCAUCGGAGCCAGCGGGGUGGGCCGUAGCCACAUCAAGAACGCUCUGCUCAGCAACAACCCCGAGAAGUUCAUGUACCCAGCUCCUCACACCACGCGCCCCCCGAAGAAGAACGAGGAGGACGGGAAGGAUUACUACUUCGUCUCCACCGAGGAGAUGACCCGGGACAUCUCAGCCAACGAGUUCCUGGAGUUUGGAAGCUACCAGGGGAAUAUGUUCGGCACCAAGUUUGAAACAGUGCACAAGAUCCACCAGCAGGACAAAGUCGCUAUCUUGGACAUCGAGCCCCAGACCCUGAAGAUCGUCCGCACGGCAGAGCUCUCCCCAUUCAUAGUCUUCAUCGCCCCAACAGACAAGGCAGAGGAGUCGGAGGCGUUGCAGCAACUCCGUAAGGAUUCCGAGAGCAUCCGGAGCCGCUACGCACACUACUUCGACCUCUCCAUAGUCAACAACGGAGUGGAGGAAAGCCUCAAGCUGCUGGAGGAAGCCUUUGAGCAGGCCUGCAGCUCUCCACAGUGGGUGCCCGUCUCCUGGGUGUACUGAGAGGGCUUCCAGCCCCCGCCGCUUCCCAUCAACCCAUCCUGCAGCAGAGAAACCUCCUCCUCAGCUUCCCCUGAUCGCCGCCCGGCCCAGCACAAGUCCCUUCCUCUGCUGCCCCACGGACCCGGUCUCAUUUGGUCGACACACACAGGGUCUCCAGAGCGCCACUGCCAGGGAAUGCAGGCCAGAGGCUGCCCGAAGGAACAGCCACCUCCCGCUGCACUCAAACGGGGCUGCAGCAGAGCCCACGGCAUCCCCACAGCUCAGAGCACAGCCCCCCCGCCUCACCUGGCGAGGGAAAGCACAAUCCUGCAGCACCCAGCCCGUCUUGUUCUCUGCGUCAGCCCCAAGGGACGUGGUACAGCAGGGGCCUUCCAGGCAGGUGUCCCUGCACCUGCACCAAACACCUUGAAAGCCUGGACGGUGACCUUGAGCCCCUGACAAGCCCACAGCUUGGGAGGCUUCUUAGACCACAGCAGGGCUCCUAAGUCCAAGGCUUUCCCCUCACAAGCAAGUAAAACCAGAAAAAAGCAAGUGUGGAUUUGACACGGAACGUGCCAUCCCCAGGCAGGUCUUGCGCCUGCAUUCUGAGGUUUGGGUUUUCUGUUUCACCCUGUGCAACUGUAGUUGUAAAAACUCCCUGCAUUUAAAUCCUCACUGUGCGGCUUGGAUUGUUACUGGCUGGCCAGAAAAACUCAGCAGCAGUUGAGCAAGUCCUGCGGACCAAAGCCCAGAGGGGCAGUUCAAUGGGUAAAGUAGAUCCAGCCACAAGUAUCCAUUGCAUGCAGUAGAAACAGUCUCUAAAGAGAUCAUCCAGGCAUGUUUUCCAGUCCCGGGUGCCUCGCACACCGUAUGCUAACCUAAAAGGCACCCCCACAAAGGGGUUUGCUCCUCCUGAAGGUGGAAUGCAUCGAUACACCAGCCCCACCAUGCCCAGGAAGCAUCGUGGUGGCUCCCGGGCAGACCACAGCCAUCACCUCCAUGCAAGAAUAUCGUGUGUGUUCAGCAGUCAGCUAGGGGAAGGGGGCUAACAAGUCUUGUGCAAUCUUUUUUUGUUUUGUUUUAAGGAUGCCAAAAAUAAGAUCUGUUGAUGUGCAAUAGGGACCUUUGUUCUGAUCCACUGCAGGGAAACAAUGAGCAGCAAUAAACGUGUGCUGAAACAUC